AUGCCGGCCGUCUGCACAUGCCGGACGCGCCCAGACCUCUCCGACCGCACCUUGACUCCCCGCCUGCCCAACGCCCGCUGCUUCGCACGGCCCGCCUGCCCGGCCCCAACAGGCGACUACAAGUUCUUGGUGGCGGGCAGCGUAGGCCCCAGCUGCACUGUGGCCUUCAGCGUGGAGGCAACCCCCGCCUGCGACGCGGCGGCCGCCGGCAAGGUCAAGUGCUCAAAGGUGAAUAUCAACCUGCAGGCGCCCGCCUGCAAUGGGAUCAAGCUCAAAAAGACGGAUCUCUACUCUGGAGGCGGGGACGACCCCACCAUCUCCAAUCUCCCGGCGAACAAGGUCUUCGCGCCAGGCAAGACGACUGUCAGGGUUGACGCCACUGACGGCAGGAGCAAGUGCAGUGUCCGCGUCAACGUCAAGCCCUGCGCGCCCGUCUGCCUCAGCAACCUCGCGCCGCUGACGGCGGACGCUGGCAAGUGCAAGGCAUCGAAGCCCUCUGACCCAUUGUCCAUCGUCAGCGGCGCCAGCCUGGGGCCCGGCGCGACGGUCACCCUCUCGCCCUCAACGUUUGCCCUCGGCGACCGCAAGGUCACGGCGACUGCCAAGUACCCCGGCGGCCUGUCGGCCAAGUCCUCCUGCAUCAUCACGGUGGUGGAUAAGGACCCGCCCCAGAUCAUCGCCUCGGGCAGCGGCAACCCCUGCGGGUUCCCGCGCUCCUCGGGGGGCACCGGCCAGGCCUGCUUCGGGCUCAAGGACAUCGUGAAGGCAAAGGACGGCUGCGGCAAGGCGCCCACCGUCACCGUCGUCGGCUGCAACGCCACCUCCAACGGCGCCAACGCCGACUGCGUCGCGGGCUCCCUGCCCAACGGCAAGCCGGCGGUGUGCGUCACUUACCCGGCCCAGGGCUCGGGCGGGGUGGUCAUCAGGACCGCCACAGUGCGCGUGAGGGCCGAGGACACGAGCGGCAACCAGUCGCCCGUGCUGGCGGUGCCGCUGACCGUCUACAGCAGCAAGCCCAGCCCUGUGCCGUCGGGCUGCAAGCCCAAGUAA